GGAAGCUGGACUCAGCUAAUUACACUGGAGGAUUAAUUACAUUGCCAUGGACUCCAUGUGAUACUGGAUUGAUUUUUAAUUUUUUUUUUUUUAAACACAACUGAACCGGGUUUUUUUCCCUCCCCUCUUCUCUUUCAUCUUUUUCUGCACACACACACACAGUGGAGAUGUUGCAAACAGUCUGCAUGAGCCCCGAGCUGCUCGUCAACCAAAACAUGAGUGAAGGUGAAAUCUGUGGCUACAGCCCAGGCCAGGGAUCUCCCCUGCCUGGAGAAACUGCCAGUCCCAAGAGCUGCUUCCAGCAGAGCCCAUCUCUGCCAGACUCUGGAUUAACUGAGCUGAACGUGGCGAGUCCCAAGAUCUACCACCCUCCUCCUCCUCCUCCUUGCAACCCUCCAGGGAUGCCUGCUCCUGCUGACUCUGAACUUAGCUCUGAUCCCCCUCAGAAGCGCUACAUGGGUGUGAGAGUGAAGAUGCCAGUGCGGGAAUUGCUGAGGAAAAUCCGACUCUCCAAAGGCUUGGACCCGGCUCCCGGCAAGGAAGCCUCACCAGUGAAGAUGGCAGCCAAAGGAUCCUCAGGAAAAACAGCAGAGAAGAGGAGAUCUCACCCUUAUACAGAGAAACAGCUUAGGCAGGGCAAGCAGAGCGCUGGGCAGAGCCCCAAAGGCUUGGAGGACCUCGACAUCCUGGUGGAGGUGCUGCAGGAGGAUCUGAACCAGAGCCAGCUCGGGGAGGAGCCUCGGCACCCCGUGCCAGACGGGUUUUGGCAGGGAUUCUCCAGGGAGCUGCAAGGCUGCCGCUGGCAGAGCGUGGGGAGCGAGGAGGCAGCUGCUGCUGGCCUGCAGGGGAGGCAGCCGGGCCCAGCUGAGCUUCCCCCCGAGUGCUGUGGGAGAGAUUUCCACCCCAUCCUGCGGGGACAGGCAGAGCCUGCCUUCCAUGGCCAGCAGGAAAGCCUCCAGAGGUCCGGCCCGCCUGGAAUGUUCUCCAGGAUGGGCGAGGAGGGGAGCGGCUGGUGGGAGCAGGAUGCUCUCCCGAGCUCCCAGGAAUGUUUCCCGAGGAAUUCUCCAUCCCACGAAGGUCUCCUGAGGAACUCUCCAUCCCAGGAAUGUUUCCCAAGGGAUUCUGCACCCCAAGAAUGUUUCCCGAGGAAUUCUGCACCCCAGGAAGGUUUUCCAAGGAAUUCUGCACCCCAAGAAUGUUUCCUGAGGAACUCUCCAUCCCAGGGAUGUUUCCUGAGGAAUUCUGCACCCCAAGAAUGUCUCCUGAGGAAUUCUGCCCCCCAGGACACGCCUGCCCUCCCCAGCUUGGCAGAGAUGCUGCUGGGAGCUCCCAGGGGCUCUCCAGAUGUGGAGGGACGCUUGAGGCUGACCCCGAAUUCCUUCACCAGGCAGGACCUCUCCGCCCUCUCCUUCUUCCAGUUCCAGCUGCGCAGGGAGGAAAACUUGCUGAGGAACAUCCCAGAGGAAAAACUGCUGGCCCCCGAUGAAAAUGGCAACAGGCUGCUGCACAAGGCUGUCGCCCAGGGAAGGAGGGCUCUGACUUUUGCCCUGGCCCAGAGAUUCGCAGCCCUCAACAAGAUCGACGAGAAGGAUGCAGAGAAAAGGACUGCUUUACAUCUUGCUGCAGAAAAGAACCAGCACCUGAUGGUGAGCGACCUGAUCUCCCUGGGAGCCAACGUCAACGAGCAGGACAGCUCUGGGAGAACUGCCCUGCACCUGUGUGCUGAGAACGGCUACCUGAGAGUCCUGGAGGUCCUGAAAAGCUGCAAGAGCAGCGGGGUGUGUGUGGACGUGGAUGUGCCUGACCACUGUGGUUUGACCCCCCUGCACCGUGCUGCUCUUGCCCACACCGUGCUGGUGACAGAGUGCCAGGGCACUGCCAGGGACAGCAGCACGGGGAGGCUCCUGAGGCUUCGGAGAGCCCAGAUCCUGGAGGGAAUCCUCUGCCUGCUCCAGAUGGGAGCGCGGCCCCGGCUGCAGGUUCUGAAUUCCUGUCAAACCUCCACCCCCUGCCUAAAGCUCGAGGAGAACACAGAGCUCAUGUGUUUGCUUCAGCCUCAUCAACCCCGGGCACAGGAUGUUCCUCAGGAGAGCUGCAGCCUGCUGGGUGCUCCCAGAGGAAUCCCCGCUCCCCCAGCUGCAGAUAACUCACCUGGGCUUUGCUCCUUGGCAUCCUCAGACCUCCUUGAUGUCCUCCUCACAGGGAAGUGCUGAGAGCUCUCACCCCCUGCACCUGAUGGGCCACCCGCUGCAGGAGAAUCACCAGAGCACAGACACCAAAAUACAGAAUGUUUUAUCCUUUAUCUUGAGCUGGCUGCUGGGAAGAUCUCGCCUGGACCCAGAAUUAAAGAGCAAACUGAUAAAUGAGGGGAAUGCUCAGUGCAGAUCUCACCAGGAAUUCAGUGUCAGGUGCUCCGGGAAGAAUUAGAUCUUCAUUUUCUCACAAUUUUGUGCUUCUCUGCUCAGGACUGAGGUCAGUCUGAAGCUCUGAUGGUUUUUCAUGCAGGUGUUUAGCCCAAGAAAAAGAUUUUAACCAUCCAGGGUCUAAUCCUGAGGGUUUCAGCCUGAAAUUAGUCUAUACACUCCAAAUUCUGUGUUCAGAUAGGUGGAAAAUCUCAGUCAUUUUAAACAAUGUUCAGAUAGAUUGAAAAUCUCAGUCAUUUUAAACAAUGUUCAGAUAGAACUGAAAAUCUCAGUCAUUUUUAACAUGAGCUCUGGGAAUUCAGAGCCUAAAUAUUGAAAAUAUUUAAUAUUUUCUGCAGUCUGGCUCUGAACUUGGCCAAGGCUGGAGUGGUCACACUUUAAGGCAGUCUCAAGGUGAAGUCCUUCCAAAAUCAACCAUCGUGCUGAGCAUGUUUCUUCAACAAAAAUCAAGCUUUUUAUUGAUGCAAUCGGAAUUUUGCAAUUUUUGUAGGUGAAGUCUGGGACAAAGUGUUUCCAAUCAGCUCCUUUCCAACAGAUCUGAGAGAGGAUUUUGUAAAGAUAAAAUUGAAAUCCAGAACAGCAGCUUUUGAAGGAUCAGUUUUUUAAAAGUUGGGAGCUCAACAAGGAGCUGAAAUGCUCCUGUGCUGCCAGAAAACCAAGUUA